UUUCUAAUUCUCCAUCGUCGUCAUCAUCAUCAUCUCUGUCUCUUUCUCGUUUUUAUUUCGAAUUCUUUCUUCGAUUUCAAGCCACUAUGUGAUUUGGUGGUUGAGGCAUUGUAUUUGUACUGUACCAAAUUUAGCGUUCUGGGUUUUCUAUCCAAUGAAUUAUGUCAAUGAAGCUGCACUUGUCGAACCCAUGUUGUUAGCAGAUGGAAAGCGGUGACGAUACGAAAUCAAAGGAUUUUUACAAAGUGUUGGAGGUUGAUUAUGAUGCAACUGAUGAAAAUAUCAAAUUCAAUUACCGAAGGCUUGCACUGAAAUGGCAUCCUGACAAGCACAGAGGUGAUAGUGCUGUUACUGCAAAAUUCCAAGAAAUCAAUGAGGCUUACAAUGUGUUGAGUGAUCCUGCCAAACGAAUUGAAUAUGACUUAACUGGAAUCUACGAGAUUGACAAGUAUAGCUUGCAGGAAUAUCUUGCCAGAUUCAAAGGGAUGAUACUUACCUGCAACGGACUUGGCAUCAAUCACACUCAAAUUUGGUCACAACAAUUGACCGAAAGCGUUGAAUCCCACGAUAAAUGAGGUUCGGCUUUAACUCUGUCCUAACUUAGAAGUUCCUUGAUUUGAACUUCUGAGCCAGCUUCAGAAGUUACUUGGUUUGAACUUCUCAACUGGCUGGUGGGGGAUUAUGAAAUCAAUUCUGAGGAACACAUGAACGGGGAUACUAAUCUCAGCAUAGAGUUGACACAGGAUGCCCUGGAAAUUUGGUCUGAUUGCAUUAUGUUGUUUAACAGUUAAGAAAUACAUCAAUAUAUGUUUUGUAUAACUAAUCACUCAAAUGUAAGAUUAGGGUAUGUUACCGUGUGGACCUCUAACUCCUUAUACACAUUUUUCUGCCACACAUCAUCUUCGCUAAGUUUGUUGGGCUGAUAGUUUAGUGUGAUGCUUUGGUGAAUUUAUUCAUGGGAAGAUCAGAAUGUUGUUGAACAAAGCCUGAUGGAGAAACCCAUGGGCAAACAUGUCUUCUUGCUUUCGGGAUCUAUACAUGACAAACAUAAACUCUUAUUGGAGACAUAGACUGUCUGGAGUCUUAUGAAUGAGAACCUGUCUAGUUCCUUUGU